AUGACUCGCAAAUCAGCUACUCCCACAGAUGAUCAGUCAGGUUUGAGCGAAGGCAAUAAAUCUGAUUCUUCUUCAAGCUCGGAUCUUGCUUCUGACACAUCUCAAAUUGAAUCUUCUAAAUCUCUCCGUCCGAAUGAAAUCCCAGCCCACCUUUUCUUGGGCAACGAGAACUUCGAAGACUUGUUCGAAGUCUCUGGGCAACCGCCCGAUGAGAUGUCAUCGAUCGAAGUAUAUCAAAGAGGUAGAUAUGUCGAAUCUUGGGAUCCUAAAUUAUCGGAUCCUGAGACAUUAUACCAAUUCCUACGCUAUCAAGCCAGUAUCCCACCCAAUAUGACCAUCCGCUGCAGAGGGAUUAGCUACGUCAAAUUAUCCAAAGAGUUAUGUAAGAAUUGCCAAAAGCAUGGAAAACGUAAAAAGGCGAAGAAGGAUGUCCACAAGGUGCAAUCGAAGAAUCAGACCGCACCUGAACGGAUAGUGGAUUUUAAUUUUACCAUUGGCCUGAAUGACAUACUCAACCAUGAUCAUACCUCGGGUCGAAUCGAUACGUGGACUUCAUCACCAUCUAUGCCGACAUAUAGGGGAUCGCACUGGGCAAGAUUUGCAGCUCAGAGUCAUCUAAGUGGAACACAUUUACCGGGAAGUUUGGGUCCAAUGCGAAGGUUUCCGUUGACGAGAGCGGGAAAGACCCCCUCAAGAAAAGAAGCUAGUCGAUGGUCUGAGUGGGAGACAUACAGGGAGAAGAGGGGAGUACCUGGAUGGGUGAAUAUGGAAACAAUACCUGAUUUCUGGGAGAGAUUCUCAGUUGCAAUGGGAUCCAGUAAAGAUCCUAACAAGAGCGUCAGUAGCUUGUCCAAAAAUCAAGCUAGCUUAAGGGAAUGGUGCGAAGCCUUCUGCGCUGAUAAAGGGAUUUUGAAAGAAUUCUGGUUGACUAAAGAAAUUUCGGGAUGGGAUUUUCAUACAUUGAAAAGAGCUUUGAGAAAUACCAUCUUGUCAACGGGAUAUGAAGGGAAAGAAGUAGAAAUCCACUUCAACUAUGAGCCUAAGUACGUGGUUGUCAGAUCUAAUAAUUGGUUCAGUAAAGCUCUAGGUAGUCCGUUUAUAUAUUUCCUCAGUUGGGUUACUGCAGUUUAUCCACUGUUCUACGUUUUUAAAUGUGUCUUCCCAAGAAUAGGAGGCGCUCCGUGGUCAGUCGCUUGUGCCAAUUAUGCAUUGAAGGCGUAUAAGCCUUUACCUACAACCUAUCCUGAUGAAUCAUUAACUUCUGCUCAAGAUCGGGUCUCAACCCUUCGUCAUACCCAUCCUGAAGUCCCCGAAAAUGCAAUAUUGCAGUAUGGUCCAGAUGGCAUAUAUUACCUUGUCGGAAAAAGAGAGGGUGAAUGGUUCAAGGAAUGGGAAGCAAAGAUCAAACUGGCCGUGAAGAAAAAGUUUAAAGGUGUUUUGGAUGAAAAGAUCGAAAUCGAUAAUAUGGCUGCGAAAAAUUUAGAUGGAUAUCAAUAG